AUGCAACGCUUGCACCUUUAUGCAUUUGUUCCUCACAGUCAUUGUAAGAGGAGUCGUACAACAACAAAAUUUAUAUUGACAAAACUGAAUGUUCUAAUGGAAACCAAAGGUGGGAAAAAGUCUAGUAGUAGUAGUAGUAGUAAAUCGUUUUAUGAAGCUCCCCUAGGAUACAGCAUUGAAGACGUUCGCCCAAACGGAGGAAUCAAGAAAUUCAGAUCUGCUGCUUACUCCAACUGCGCUCGCAAACCAUCCUGAUAUUCCCUAAAUCGCUUUCCCCUUCACGUCGCUUGACGUGCUUUUAAUUUUACUGCUUUCAAAUUAGUUUAGAAUUAGUAAAAAACCCUCUUCCCUUUUCUUCUUCUCUCAUCUUCCUCAUCUUCUUGCUCAAAUGGCGCAACAAGUUUCUGCAAUCGGUUUUGAAGGUUACGAAAAAAGACUCGAACUAACAUUCUUCGAGCCCAGCAUCUUUUCCGACCCGAAUGGUCAAGGUCUUCGGGUCCUCUCAAAGACCCAAAUCGAUGAAAUUUUAACCCCAGCUGAAUGCACAAUCGUGUCUUCUCUCUCCAACGACCACGUUGACUCUUACGUUCUGUCAGAAUCGAGUCUUUUCAUUUUCCCCUACAAACUCGUAAUCAAAACAUGUGGGACCACCAAGCUUUUGUUGUCGAUUCCAGCUAUUCUGAAGCUAGCGGCGACUCUCUCUCUCACUGUCCGAUCAGUGAGAUAUACACGUGGCAGUUUUAUAUUCCCGGGAGCUCAAUCUUUCCCACACAGAAGCUUCACCGAAGAAGUUUCAGUUCUCGAUUCCCAUUUUGAGAAACUCGGGUUAUCAAGCAAAGCUUAUGCAAUGGGUGCUUUUGACAAGCCUAACAAGUGGUACGUGUAUUCUGCUUUUGCCAAUUCCGAUUCCAGAGGUGCUGAUUCCGAUUCCGGUGACAUGUACACGCUCGAGAUGUGCAUGACGACUCUAGACCGUGAAAAAGCUUCUGUCUUUUACAAAACCGAGUGGAGUUCUGCGGAAACAAUGACGAACGAUUCCGGUAUCCGUUCGAUCCUCCCAAACUCCGGAAUCUGCGACUUUGAAUUUGACCCGUGUGGGUACUCCAUGAAUGGAAUUGAGGAUUCCUCUGUUUCAACUAUUCAUGUGACUCCGGAAGAUGGGUUUAGUUACGCGAGCUUUGAGGCUGUUGGGUAUGACUUGAAGGAGGUUGGAUUGGAAAGCCUUGUGAGAAGGGUGUUGGAUUGUUUUGAGCCUGGCGAGUUUUCGGUUGCUGUUGGUGGUGGAAUUGGAAACGGAAUUGGAAGCGGAAUUGAGAUUGAAGGGUAUGGAGUGGAAGAAAAAAGUUAUGAAGAAAUUGGUGGUGGAGAAUCGAUUGUGUAUCUGAAGUUUGUGAAGGAAGGUGGGAGCUGCUGUGGGUCUCCGAGGUCUGUGUUGAAAAGCGGAGGGUGGAAAGAGAAGGAGAAUGAAGAAAAGGAGUAUGAGUAGGUUUUAAUAAGAUAUAUUUAAUUAAAUAAAUGCCAUGUUAUUAUAAACAUGGUUUGUUAUGGAUUUUUUUUGGUUUUCUGUUUACGUUUGGUGUUAUGACUAUUUGGUAUUAUCAAAGAUGAUAUAGAUGCUGUGCAUCAUUUGGUUUUUAAUAUGGUUGCUAUCAAGUAUUCUGUUUGUUUAUUUGUUUGUAUUUGAUGGAAGAAUGUUUGAUGCUUUCAUUCAACUUGAAAUUUUAGUUGAAUGUAAAUACUAAAUACAUGUUAACGGAUU